UAAAGAAGCACGGCCCUAGUGCAGCCUUCAUAUGCUCCUCCGUACCCCGUACCAGCAGAGGAAGACUCGUGCCCCGCCGUGCUCCACCAGACGUAGUGCAGACAUGCAGCGAAACUUGCACCUCCUGCCCGUGUUGGUGGGCGUUGUGGCGACAGUGAGCCUGACGCAGGCGGCCGUUGACUGUUCGGGCGGCGAUGGUUUCAAGUGUGAGAGUUGCUCCACCCUCGCCCUGUGUUCGGGAGGCAGCGUGGCCACCACCUUCCCAUGCCAGAGUGGCCAGAUGUGUGAGGAAGGCUCUUCCGGCCCGGGAGCCUGUCUUAGUAUCAGCGACUCGAGAACUCAGUGCCAGUGCAGCUCCUACCCCUCCUACGUGGUGGACUCUUAUGACCCACAGAGUUACCUGCUUUGCAUCUCCUCUACAAUGCAAAUCCCUCUCAGUUGCCCUGCAGGCGAAGAGUUUGACUCGGACACUAGCCAGUGUGCAGCUCUUCCCACAACUAUCGCUGUUCCCACCACCGCCGAGCCCACCGCCACGUGUACAGAGGACGGCAUCUUUCCUCUGCUGCCCAGCUGCUCCGGCUACUACGGCUGCUACACUGUCGGGGGCUCGGUGAUGUCUACUGGUAUCGUGUCCUGCAAUGAACCUACACCAGUCUUCAAUCCCGACACCUUGGCCUGCGAGGCGAGCAUCUCCGGGCCUGCAACACCAACCUGCGCCUCCGAUGACAUUAUUACGGCGGACACCGUGGAGUGCAACGCGUUUUAUAUAUGCAACAGCGGCGCCAUUGUAGGGGAGAAGAUCUGCUGCGGCGAAGGCCAGGUGUUCAAUCCCGCUACUAUAAGGUGCGAGGCGGACACCGGCAGCGUCACCUGUCCCACCGCCAACCCCUGUUACACUGGUGAGGUGGUGAAAGUUUGUGAGACAUCCACCAGUACUUCUGCAUCGUCUACUUCCUCCUCCUCCAUCUCUUCCAGUUUAUCAACCUCAUCUUCUGUUAGUAGUACUUCCUUAUCCACCACUUAUAAAACAGACACCAGUACCAGCACCAGCACUGAAAUUACUGAGAGCAGCACUAGUACUGAUAGUACCACUGAAACAGACAGCACGAGCACUACCACUGUCAGUACUUCUGAAACCAGCAGCAUCAGCACCAGCACAGCCAGUACUUCUGAAACCAGCAGCAUCAGCACCAGCACCGCCAGUACUUCUGAACCAGACGACAUCUCCAGUAGCACCACCAGCACCACUAGCACCACCUCGGCCACCACAACAGCUGGGGUUCCUGACUGCACAGAGAACAUAGGAUCCUUCCCAUAUCCCGGAGACUGUACGAAGUACUACUUCUGCUACGAGGGCGAGCUGGCUGAACAAACCUGCUCCGGAAGCCUCAUCUUCAGUCCAGGUGUCGGCUGUACCACCGCCUCUAACUACGACUGUCCUUACUAAACCGCCUGACCUCGCCCUCCCUCCCCGUCACCGUGACCUUCUUGACUGUGUGUCGGUGUUAACUUAUCGCCUCUACCUCAUGAUGUUCGGACUUCUAGUACGGAGAACGGACAUGUAUGGGUAUAUGCAGACAGACACACAGACGUAUACUUACACGCACAUACUUACACGCACGUGAUUCCAAAGACAGUGUAUGAAUUACGAGCGACAAGAUUGGAGUAGUUGGUAAUGACGAAUCAACCACGUAAUCCCUCAAGACAAUGGGUACACACACACACACACACACACACACACACACACACACACACACACACACACACGGCGAGAAACCAUACAGCAGUUUUUGUUAAAGGUGUUUUUUUAUUACGGUUUAUACUUUGGAAUAGAAUCAUUACUUGUGUUGGAAUAAAAUGUGUUGCACUUAU